AUUAGUUAUUUGAUUUAGUGAAGGUGCUGAAUUCUAGGGAAAUGUGUUGUUUUUUACCUUGUAUGUCAGCUAUUAGAAAAUGUCUACCUUCACAAACAGCAAGAGAGACGUGUACAAUAAUUUUUACAGAGUUAAUACGAUGGAUAACAAUCGCUAUACCAAUUAUGCUUAGUGCCUGGCGCUAUGCUGAAAUGUAUAAAUAUACAAAAUUCAUCGAUGUUGAUGAUAGUAAAGUGAAAGCUCAGUAUUUUGGAAUAGUACUGAAAAUGGAUAAGAAUACUGCUGUUGCUCUUCAAGCAAUGGUAAUGGGUUUAACAGUUACCGAAUGGAUGGCAAAGUUUAGAGAAGAAGUUCUAUCUUUUGACUUGAUUACGAAUAUGUCUGUCGAUUUUUUUUUUGCCUAUGAUGUUAUUGAAAUUUUGAUGAUGUCAACUGAAACUGAUAUAUAUAAAUCGAAUUGGAUUUACAUAACAUUCUUUUUCGCCUUCGUCGCAAUGAUUAAAUAUAUACCAAUGCAACCCUGUGAACAGGCAGAGAGUCCAAGAGGUCUAGUCAUUUAUAUACUAGUUGGAAUAUUCUGCUGCGAUGUUCCAUUCGUCGUCAUACGUGUAAUAACGAUGGUAAAAUUUGGAUUUUUUACUGUUGCUUUAAUCAUUCAUCCACUAAAGAACGUUGCCCUUAUCCUAUUUGGUUCCGUUCAACUUUAUAUAAUUUACAUAAACUAUAAACAAACGCAAAGUGUUGAUGGAAAUUGCAAAAGAAUUUCGCAAAAGAGGCAAUCGAGAACAUUUUCUGAGUUAGGACAAUCCAUUAUUUCUACUCAUCGUAUUCUUAGAAGAAAUUUAUCAGACGGAGCUCAAGCUCUAGAGCAAAGAAAGAAUCGUGGAAGACAGGCUCAAUCUUGGGCCUAUUCAAAUAGAGCGGACUUUGUAGAAGAGGAAACUGACAUCGAAUCAAACGUUGAUGACAAAACCAAAUCUGAAAGACAUUCUACUGGUACAUAA